AGAGAAAAGGGUGUGUUACAAGGAAAGAGAAGAAGAAUUCCAUUAGCAACCAAAUCACACUCGAUCCUUCUCCGGUCUGUCGAACUGAUUCCAAAGGCCAAAGCUAUAAUGAGCAAUAACAACGGCAGUGUCCAAAGCCGCCUUCUUUCCCCACUUUAGUAAAAGAUUCCUGUACUCAGCCGACGAGCUCUGCCACCUCCGAUCGCGCACUCUCUCCCAAGCCACAGCCACAGCCACCGCCAUUAGAAGCCAAACCCAGAGCGCGUCCGGGUUCUAUCCAUCCAUCCAUCCAUCCGUAGAUCCGAACAACCAACCGACCCAUGCUGCCCUCCUCGCUCUCAUCGUCGUCGUCAUGGUGGGUUUCCUGUCUCCGCUUCGUCCUCGCCCUUUCGCUUCUCGGCGUGGGCUCAGGAGGAGAUCCCUACGUGUACUACCAGUGGGAAGUCUCCUACAUCUCCGCCUCCCCUCUCGGCGUGAAACAACAGGUCAUUGGAAUCAAUGGGCAAUUUCCAGGACCAAUUUUGAGUGCAACAACAAAUUGGAACGUCGUUGUGAAUAUCAAGAACAAUUUAGAUGAGCCUUUUCUCAUGACGUGGAAUGGUUUGCAGCAAAGAAAGAACUCUUGGCAGGAUGGGGUUUUAGGGACAAAUUGCCCUAUCCCUUCUGGUUGGAAUUGGACUUACGCAUUUCAAGUCAAAGAUCAGAUUGGAAGCUUCCUCUAUUUUCCAUCAGUCAACUUUCAGAAAGCUGCGGGUGGCUAUGGUGGAAUUAUCAUAAACAACAGAGACGUAAUUCCUUUGCCAUUUGGAUUGCCAGAUGGAGAUAUAACUAUCUUUAUAAGUGAUUGGUAUAUCAAGGGCUUCAAGGACCUAAGAAAAACCAUUGAAGAAGGAGGCGAUCUAGGAACUCCUGAUGGGGUUCUCAUCAAUGGUUUGGGCCCCUACCGCUACAAUGAAUCACUUGUUCCUGAUGGCAUUAUUUAUGAGACGAUAAACGUGGAUCCAGGCAAAACAUAUCGAAUUCGAGUGCACAAUGUUGGAUUCUCAUCUAGCUUAAAUUUUAGAAUACAAAAUCAUAACUUGUUUCUAGUAGAGACAGAAGGUUCUUACACUGUGCAACAGAACUACACGAACAUGGAUAUCCAUGUGGGUCAAUCGUAUUCCUUCUUGGUCACAAUGGAUCAAAAUACUAUCAGCGAUUACUUUAUAGUAGCAAGUGCUCGGUUUAGCAAUUCAACUACCAGGGAUAGAUUAACUGGAGUGGCUAUAUUGCAUUAUUCCAAUUCCCAGGGGCCUGCUUCAGGUCCACUUCCUGAUGGCCCAGAUGAGGGUGAUACAUACUUUUCAAUGAAUCAAGCAAGGUCAAUCAGAUGGAAUGUCUCUGCUGGUGCUGCUCGUCCUAACCCACAGGGAUCUUUCCGAUAUGGUGAGAUCACUGUGACUGAUGUCUACGUACUACUUAACAGACCGGCAGAGAUCAUAAAUGGGCAGAUGCGUAAUACCUUGAAUGGCAUCUCUUAUAUUGCUCCUUUUACACCUCUUAAACUUGCACAGCAAUUUGAUGUGCCAGGAGUCUAUAAGCUUGAUUUCCCAAAUCGAAUGAUGAACAGACCUGCAAAAGUUGACACAUCCAUAAUUAAUGGCACUUACAAAGGCUUUAUGGAAAUUAUUUUCCAGAAUAAUGAUACUACGAUUCAGAGCUAUCACAUGGAUGGUUAUGCAUUCUUUGUUGUGGGGAUGGAUUUUGGGAUCUGGACAGAAAAUAGCAGGGGUACCUACAACAAAUGGGAUGGAGUCGCCCGUAGCACAAUACAGGUAUAUCCUGGAGCAUGGACAGCAAUCCUUGUUUAUCUUGAUAAUGUGGGAAUAUGGAACUUGCGUGCCGAAAACCUCGACACAUGGUUCAGGGGUCAGGAAGUGUAUAUAAGUGUGGUCAAUCCAGAAGAUAGCAACAAGACCGAGCUUCCUGUGCCUGAUAAUGCUAUUUUCUGUGGUGCACUAUCAAGCUUACAGAAGCAGCAGUCACAUAGAUUUUCAUUUUCUGAAUCAUCGUCGGUUGCCAAUCUGAACAAAAUGCUGUUGUUGUGGCUGUUCAUUUCCUGGACCGGAAUCAUCUUCCUAUGACUUCGUAGACGAUAGAUACCAGAAGAAAGUGCAGGAAAGCAUACUGGAUUUGGUUGAUGUGAGAAGCUCUCGUUGUUUAUCUAAUCUCAGAUCAGUUGUUUAUGGUCUUGCAGUACAGAAGAUUCUAUCCGGAGUAAUCUAAGUGUAAAGAUUAGGCUCUGUAGAGAUCAAUUUCUUGGUUUUGAUCAGCUGCAGUAAUUUGUUGUUGUGUGAGAAGUCAGAGCUAAAACUUUCUGUUAUCAAUUCAUUUAAUUGAUUUUUACGAUUGAUUUUGA